CCUUGCCAUACGCACUGGACGGUAGAAAAGCUGCAGCCUCUAUUGCUCCAAGCCCUGCAGGAUGCCUGAGAACUUCAGAUCAGUGUCUGCUGUGUGGGUGGGUCUGGUCUGUCUGUUGUUUUAUAGCAGACUGGUCAGGGUUGGUGCAGCACCCAUCUGUACCAAUGGCCAGGCCGGCUGCCACAUCCUCUCUCUAGCUGACUUGUUUGACCGGGUCAUCCAACAUUCAGCAAGGAUGCAUGGCAUCUCCAGUGACCUGCACUCAGAGUUUGAGCAGUAUUUCUUUCCCAGUAAGAAUCACAUUGGUCGGGUCAACCGCAUCUGUCACACCUCCACUAUCCUUACCCCCAAUGGCAAGGAGAAUGCUCAGAGACUGGCAAGAGAGGAGCUGACAGAAGUGAUUCUAAAGCUCCUGGUGGCAUGGAGGGAUCCUCUCUGGCACUUCCAGCAGAGCAUCGCUCACCACCAUGACUUCAACAACUUCAGUUCCAACAAAGCUCUGGAGAUGAGUGACAUGGUGCAUGAGUUACGUAAAGGUGUGGAGAAAGUCGCUGAGAAGAUGCAGAUGCUGGGGAUAAUCAGUAACUCCGUCAACAGCCUGACUUCUCCUGAGGCUCUGAUACCAUCUGACAGAGCUGAAUGGCGGCUGAUGAAGGACUACGUCCUGCUCUACUGCUUCCGCCGAGACUCAAACAAGGUCCAGAACUACCUGAAGAUCCUCAAAUGUCGCAUCAUUCCCCAGCAUGAAUGCUGAAGGCCAGAAAACAAUAAGGAUUGUGAAGUGCAGGAAAUGUCAGCAAAAUGUCAGCAAAAUGGAUCAGAUGAGAGUGUUUGAGACAUUAACUGAUUAAGACCCUCAUUUGAUCACUGGUCAGUAUAUUCCCUCAUAUCAUGAAUGGACUGCUAUUGGGGCCCAAAAGACUCAGGCCACCUCUUAGUUACUCCCUGAAGAAACAGCCAUUUGUAUAAAUGAUUAUGUUACAUAGUAAAAGUAUGCAUGUAAACCAUGUUGAGAUACAUGAGUGGAUCACAGAGAGGAUGGGGUGACUGUACAAUGUGAAUAUCAUAGCAAACUGUAUGAUGCAUAUCAACAGAUAUAGUUGUAGUAUCUAAAACAUUUCAAGAAACAUGGAUGGAAAUAGAAGCAAUCUUUCAUCUCUACAGACAAUAGAUACUGAUACUUCAAAUGAAAUGUGCUUUUGAAAUAA